AUGCCGCCCAAGCUGAUGCAGCGCUCGCAAAUUGCCAUUUCCGCGGAGCGUGACUCCGACGUGCAUCUUACGUGCUCGGCCCAGGGCAAUCCGCCGCCGCAGUUCACUUGGUAUCGGGACGUCAAUGGACGCUCGAUACCGGUGGAGUCGUACGGACGCAUACAGAUCUGGGGCGAUCUGUUACGCAUCAGGCGGGUCGACGUGCAAGACGCCGGCCGCUACGUCUGCAGCGCGCGGAAUCAAUUUGGCGAGCAGCAGGCCGAGACCCAUCUGUCCGUCACGUCCAAGCUCAACGCCCGAAUACAGCCGAUGCUUCAGGUCGUGAACUCGGGCCAGACGGCGACGAUGAACUGCUCGGUGGAGGGCUAUCCGAUCGAGAGCGUCGAGUGGCUGCGCGACGGCGUGCCCGUGCUCGCCAGCCAGGACUCGAGGAUUCGCCUUCCGGCGCCGCUCGUGCUGCAGAUCGCCUCGAUCGGGCGCCGCGACAAGGGCAUGUAUCAGUGCCUGGUGAGGAGCGACAAGGAGAACGCCCAGGCCACCGGAGAGCUGAGGCUCGGUGACACGGUGCCGGAAUUGCAGUACACGUUCAUCGAGCAGACCCUGAGGCCGGGACCGCCGGUGUCGCUGAGGUGCUCGGCCACCGGCUCGCCGCCGCCCUCCUUCACUUGGCUGCUCGACGGCGAUCCGCUCAGCGAACUCGCCACUAGUCACAGAUACGCCAUCGGCCAGUACGUCGAUCAGUCGGGCGACGUGAUAAGUCACCUGAACAUAUCGUCGUCGUCGACGGAGGACGGCGGGCUUUACGCCUGCGUCGCGUCCAACAGUCUCGCCUCGGUCGAGCACAAAGCCCGUCUCAACAUAUGGGGUCCGCCGUACAUACGUCUGCGCAUCGGUCCGGUGCAGGCCAUAGCGGGCCGCGACGUCACCGUGUCCUGCCCGUACUCGGGCUAUCCGAUCACGUCGGUCAAGUGGUCGCGGGGCGGCGCCUCGCUGCCGCCCGAUCUGCGCCAUCGCAUCGACGCCGAGGGCCACCUCACCAUCGCCGAGGUCAGCCCCAACGAUCAGGGCACCUACACCUGCACGGUGCACGCCGGCUCGGGCCAGACCGCAAGCCGCGACAUACACGUCGAGGUUCAGAGUCCGCCGGUCAUGGGGCCACUGAGCUUUCCGCCGAAUCUACAAAAGGGCAGCCGAGCGCAGAUAGCCUGCAGUAUCACCUCGGGCGAUCUACCCAUACACUUCUCCUGGCUGAAGGACGGCGAGCCGCUUCCGUCGUCGCUCAACAUCGAGGAGAAGCGCGACGAGUUCUACAGCUUUCUCGUCUUCAAAGACGUCUCGUCGCGCCACAGCGGCAAGUACACCUGCCUCGCGACCAACAAGGCAGCCAAGGUCAACGAGACGGCCGAGCUGCUGGUCAAGGUGCCGCCCCAGUGGACCCACGAGCCCCAGGACGUCUCGGCCCUGCUCGGCAAUCCGCUCUACGUGCACUGUCGGGCGACGGGUUUCCCGCCGCCGCAGAUCACCUGGCUGCGCGGGCACGCCCGCACGGCGGCCGACUUUCAGCCGCUGAGCGAGAUUCAGUCGGGGGUCGGGGGGCCGCGACUGACGACGCUGCCCAACGGCACGCUGUGGACGGCCUCGGCGGGUCCGCAGCACGAGGGACACUAUCUGUGCCGGGCGAACAACAGCAUUGGCUCGGGAUUGAGCAAGGUCGUCUACGUGUCGGUGCAUGAGCCCGCUAGAUUCGAGUUCCAAAGCAAGAACGUGACGAUACGCCGUGGCGAGUCGGUCGUGCUCGACUGCACGGUCAUCGGCGACAAUCCCAUCAACGUCCAGUGGAGCCACAACAACAAUCGUCUGGACACGACGGCCCACCGUCUCGCAGUGACGCAAGCCAAGACCGAGCAGGGCCUCAAGUCGCAGCUGUCGAUCGGCAUGAGCGACCGGCAGGACUCGGGCGUCUAUCGCUGCACCGCCGACAACGACUACGGCCGAAGCGAGCACUUCAUUUAUCUGGCUGUGCAAGAGCGUCCCGACGCGCCUUCGUCGCUGGAGGUAAUCGAGAUUGGCUCGCGAUCGAUCAAGCUGUCUUGGAACAAGGGCUUCGACGGCAACUGCCCGAUAAGGGAGUACAUUAUUCAGUACCAGUCGGUAUCUCACGGGAUACUCGAGGACGAGUGGGAGCCGUCCAAGACGCACAACAUCUCGCACGUGCCCGGCUCGUACACCUCCAUCGGCGGAGCUGUAUCGACCAAUCCCACGCAGAAUGGUAUAACGAGAUACGAGGCAAAUUCCGAGGAGCAGGAGAUAGCCCAGGUGGGCGGGCUGCAUCCGGCGGUGACGUACAAGUUUCGCGUGUUCGCGAUCAACGAGAUCGACUCGAGCGAGCCGACGGGGCCCGCGGUGGCCAAGACCCAGGAGGAGGCGCCCACCGAGCCGCCUCAAAAUAUCCGAGUCACAUCGGCAGGUCCGGGCGAGCUGAUCGUCAUCUGGGAGGCGCCCCCGAAGGAAUCCUGCAACGGUGAUCUGCUCGGCUACAUCGUCACCUGGUCCGAGCAGUCGUCCUCCACUUCGGGCGUCAAUCAGAGCAAGAGCCUGAACGUCAACGGCUGGGCCACCAACAAGGUCCAGCUCACGGGUCUGCGCAACUUCACCAAGUACGACAUCACCAUCCGAGCCUUCAAUAGCAUCGCCAGCGGUCCGGCGAGCUCGCCCAUUACCGGCACCACUCAGGAAGGAGUGCCCAGCGCCCCACCGACCAAAGUCACCUGCACGUCGCUCACCUCGCAGAGCGUCAAAGUACACUGGAAAGCUCCGCCUGCCCAUCAGCACGGUGGAAUAAUUCAGGGCUACAAAGUUUUCUAUCGACCCGUGCCAACCGACAACAUGGAGAUAUCUACCUCGGGCGAGAUCAAGAAGACCUCGAGCGACGAGACGUACCUGCACACACUCUACAAGUACACCAACUACUCGAUCCGCGUGCUGGCCUACACGGGCGCCGGUGACGGCGUCCUCAGCAAUCCCAUCUACUGCUCCACGGAGGAGGACGUUCCGGGCCCCCCAGCGGGCAUCAAGGCUCUGGCUUUGUCGGCCGAGUCGAUCCUGGUCUCGUGGCUGCCCCCGCUGCAGCCCAACGGCCGUGUGACCAAGUACACGGUGUACUUCCGCGAGGCGGGCUCGAGUCGUCAUAACACCUACACGAUACACGAGCCCCCCGUGACUGCCUCGGACACCCUGACCAAGGAGCUGCGCGAGUUCAACGAGCGCCAGUUGUACGAGUUCUGGGUGACGGCCUCGACGGCUCCGGGUGAGGGCGAGGCCUCGAUCGUCGUGUCGCAGAAGACCGAUUCCAAAGGCAACGCCGCCCCCGCGAGGGUCGCCUCGUUCUCGCAGGUACUGAAGAAACCGGUCAAGUCGUCGGUGACGCUGUCGUGCAUCGUCGUGGGCAAUCCGACGCCCCGGCCCCAGUGGACCUACAAGGCCGGCCACGUGUCCAAGAGCAAGCACCACGAGAUCACCAACGAAGGCCAUCUCAGGAUACACAAUCUCGAGCAGUCGGUCGCCGGGAAUUACACGUGCUCGGCCAGCAACACCUACGGCGACGACUCGAUCACGUACACGCUGAUCGUGGUGAUGCCCCCAAGGGCGCCGACCCUCGAGCUCCAGUACACGACGACGGACAGCAUCAAGUUCUACUGGAGUCACCCGGACAACGGAGGAGCCAAUAUACAGGGCUACGUGCUCAGCUACAAGAAGGACAAGGGCGGCUGGGAGGAGAUCAGUCUGUCGCCCGAGCACACCGAGCUGUCGCUCAACGGCCUCAAGUGCGGCUCGACCUACGUGGCCCAUCUGACGGCACAGAAUCGCGUCGGGACGGGCGACCCCAGUCCCCUGAUCUCCGCGGUGACCAAAGGCACGGCGCCCCAGCAGCCCAAGGAGCGCGACGUGAUCAUCGCCAACGCCACCUCGGUGCGUCUGCUGCUGCUCAACUGGCCGAACGGCGACUGCCCCAUCGAGUUCUACACGGUGGAGUUUCGCAAGAAGAUUGGCCAAGAGCAGUGGAACCUGGUGACGAGUCAGGCCACGGAGAACAUCGUCAUCAGGGACCUGAAGCCCGCCACCUGGUACAGUCUGCGGCUGACUGCGCACAACGACGCCGGCUCGACCCAGGCCCUCAUGGACUUCGCCACGACGACGCUGAGCGGUGCCUCGAUCGGGCCGUUCAGCGACAAGGACACGGACAACGGCGCCCUGGGGGCCACGGCGGGCUACAAGUUCUUCUACGUGGUGGUGCCGCUGGUCUGCACGGUGCUGCUCGUCGUCUCGGCGGUCGUCGUAGGCUACGUCAUGCUCAAGCGCAACGGUCGAGCCGGUGGCAUGGGCGGGGGUGGCGGAGGAGGGGGCGUCGGUGGCUACCUCGGGGAUAUGCUGCCCGGCGGGGCGCAGACACCCGGUGGCCUCGCGGGCAUGAAUCUCCAGCACCAGAGCCAUCAUCAUUUGUCGAGCUGCAUGUCGACGGUGCAGAUGAAGUCGACGGCGGAGCGUGACAAUCGGCGCAAUCAUCAGGUCUACACGAGCUCACCGGUCAAGCACCAGGACAACGGCAAGCCAGCGGCGAUCGAUCACGGCGCCGAGAUGUACGAGAUCAGUCCGUACGCGACGUUCAGCGUGCCGGGCAGGGGCGACAAUCGAGCCGUGUCCACUGCGACCCUCGACUACACGAUGCAGUUCAAGACCUUCGGUCAUCUCGAGAACGAGGACAUCAAUCAGAUCGAUUACGAGCGAUCGAGCAUCGACUUCGAGAGAUGGCACAAGCAGCGCUACUUCCCGAGCAUCGCCGAGGCCGAGAGCAAGAUGAGGGCACCGGGAGGAGGCGCGGGUGGCGUGCGCCGGACCGAGCUAUCGAGUGCCCGUCAAGCCUUGCCGAGCUCUGUCGAGGACAUGAUGCUGCUACCACCGAGCGGAUUCAGCGAUACGAGCCGCGAGCUCCUGGACAUCGAGCAGGACAACAGUCAGGAAUGGAAAGCCGCCGACUCGAUGGGCAGAAUCUCGUUCGAAGCUAUGGAAACGAUGUUAGCUAGACACCAGCAACGCAGGGAGCAAGAGAGACAGGAGUGCACGAUUCACGUAUGAUCGUCGCUUCGGAUUUCGUAUCUGCCGGCGAUGUACCGCUACGUACUGCUGGAAUCAUUACUGCCAAAAAUAUGUUUAUUGUCGUAUACCUGAGGGAAGGAGAGAAUGUUAUGAUUGACGAUUGUUUUUAUCUCGAUAUUUAUGUAAAAAAAACAACAACAAUAACAACAAAACAAAGAAAAAUGUGAUUGAAUAAGCAAAAUUGCGAAAAUUUUCGUGUACCAGUUGUAACUCUUAUACGACUCUAUAGAAAAUCGAGUCCGUUUUUUUUAAAAGGUACCUAAUUGUUGCUCGUCGUGUACAUAAUGAUGUUUUUUUAUAACGAAAUAUUUAUGAAAAGUUGUUUUUUACCAUCUUGACGAUUGAUGAAGACUGUUGAAUCUUAGUCAAUGCUAUAUACCGAAUGCCACGGGAAUUAAUAUUUCCUAUAAAUCGUAUAUGCCUCUGGUUUUUUCAUUCUUAUAUAAAUUAUGUAUG